AAAACCAAACAGUAUAACACGUCAAAUCACAUUAGAAUAAUUAAUUAAAUUUUAUCGAUAAAAAUCACCAAAAUACCAAUAAAUUCCGCACUCCGUCUCUUCCAGUCUCAGUCAGUCGCUAUUCUCUCAUCGACGUUUCAUUGCCCUAAUUUGAAGAUUGGCCUCUGUAGCAAGAGAAGAUGGAUCUGUUGAGCAGUUUACCAGACGAGGUUCGUUGUCUUAUAUUGUCCUUUCUUACCACAAAGGAGUCUGCUUCCACAUCUGUUCUGUCUAAGAAGUGGCGUAAUCUGUUUGCACUUGUCCCUAAUCUUGACUUUGAUGACUCUGAGUUUCUUCAUCCGGAAGAGGGUAAGCGGGAAAGAGACGGUAUUCUUCAGAGUUUCAUGGAUUUUGUGGAUAGAGUAUUGUCUCUUCAGGGCAAUUCUUCCAUUCGUAAGUUCUCUCUCAAGUGUGAAACUGGUGUUCCUCCAGCUCGUGUGAAUCGUUGGUUGUGUGAGGUGCUGCAGCGUGAUGUUUCAGACAUUGAUCUCACCAUUGAUUUGGGAUAUGGUUAUUAUCUGCCUGAAGAGUUGUUCGUGAGUGAGACACUAGUCAAUCUGAAAUUAAAAAGUGCAUUUAAUAUUGAUUGGUGGCCUGGAGCUGAAGGCACUUCCUUACCAAUGCUUAAAAGUCUUUGUGUUUACGGUGUGAGGGUUUUUUGUGAUGAUGAGCUUCAGGAGCUUCUUCCUUGUUUCCCUGUGCUUGAAGAAUUACAAAUGUCUAAUAUGCAGUGGCUUGAUUCUGAUGAAACCGUGUCAAGUGCAACCCUCACAACGCUCCAUAUUACUGGCAUCCGCUCUGAAAAUCCUAAGAGCAUUUCUUUUGAUACUCCAAAUCUGCUUUCCUUUGUCUACACUGAUUUUGUUGCGGAGGACUAUCCAUUAGUUAAUAUGAAAAACUUGUCUCUGGCUCGACUCGCCCUUAGAGCAAAUGACGAUCAAAUCAAGCGAGUAAGAGGGCCAAGUAAUGAUUUGUUAGAGUAUGAUGUCGUUCGCCACUUUGGCAAUGUGGUGAAGCUCAUGAAUGGCAUACAAAAUGUUCAGGAACUUCACUUGUGUCCUGAUACUCUCGAGUUGCUUUCUGUAUGCUGUGAGUCGAUGCCAGUGUUCAACAACGUUAAAAAGUUACUUAUUUACAGUGACGAGGAUCGAGGAUGGCAAGCAGUGCCAGUUCUUCUACGGAAUUGUCCACGUUUAGAAACUCUAAUAUUUGAGGGUAUCGUGCACCAUGUGACAGAUAAAUGCGGGGAUGCUUGUGACUGCAUUUUCCGAAAGGACAAAGGCCGUUCGCUCAAAUCUUGUCCAGUGAAAGUGGUAGAGAUUAAUGGGUUUGGAGUAACAAUGAAAGAGAAGUACCUGAUAGAGCAUUUCUUGGAUUACUUUUCGUGUUUAAAGGAGAUGAAGAUCUAUAUUAAUUGUGAAGAGGAUGGUGUUACACAACAGGUUAUGAAGAACCGUGAAGUGUCUAAACUUGUCUUGGAUGAGAUGGAAGAGUACAACGAGUUCUAUAGUUGCAAUGUGAAGCUAUUCUUGUGUAAGAAGAAGUCGAUUCCACAAUGAAAGUCUCUGAAGAACAACGCCUCCUUGGAAUUCGACUUGAGUUUAGUGUUCUUUAAUCGGCUUGAAAACCGUCUCAAACCAGACCAGUUGCAAAACCUGUAUCUGUUUCCUCUUUGUCUUGAUCUUACCAACUUUUGUGUGGGGGAUUGUUUUAAAGUGAUUUGUAAUCUGUUUUCUUUCGGUUGACUUGUUAAUUAUCUAAUGAUGUUACUUGAAGUGGCAAAGAUUUGCAACAUUGAUCAGUGGCCAUAAAAACUGACGAUUGUAGCCUAGGAUGAUUGAUUUUGAGUCCAGCACAUCUCUAUAUAGAAAACCAUCGAAUUAAACCGGUGAUAUUGAAAGAACCGGAUAAAUAAGACCAA